AUGUCGCGCGCUUCGUCUCCCGCCCGAUCGGGAGCCGCAGAGGAGUUAGAAAAUGACGACAUUGAUAUUGAGCAAUUAAUCACGUUGAUGCACAGGAGACCUCCCCUGUGGGACAAAUUUAAUCCAAAGUACCACGACAGAAUAUUGAAGGCGAGAUUGUGGGAGGAAAUAUAUCAAGACAUAUAUUUUAGUUGGGAACAAUGCAGUGUUGUUGAAAAAAAACAAAAAGGAGCUGAUGUGCAAAAAAAAUGGAAAAAUCUUAAAGAUACAUACUUCAAGGAGGUGGCAGCUGAUAAAAAGGUAGUUUCGGGUCAAGCCGCAAAGAAAAAAAAAAGACCAUACAUACACAUGGGAGCACUUUCAUUUUUAGCCACUCAAAAAUCAAUGAGAGAUACGACAAAUAAUAUUAAAGACACAGAAAGCACUAACAGUAAUGCCGAAGACCUUACAAAUCAAUCCGACGAAGAUACUGACACAGAAGCUUCACGAAAUAGAAGACUUAAAACGAGCAUGCGUAAAAAGACUAAAAUUCAGAAUAAUAGCGAUGAUGAGUUAUUGAAAUUAUUGCAGGAUAAAACUUAUGAUGAGGAUGUUUCAUUUUGUGAAAUGAUCAUACCAAUGCUCAAGAAUCUCUCAACAGACCAGAAACAUUACGCUAAAAUUGAAAUUCUGAAUGCACUUAACAGAGCAACUAAAUAUUCACCACAAAAUUUUAUACCGCCUAGAGUCAGAUCCGCUAUGUCUCAAUAUCAAUCAUCAUCAUCAUCGUAUUCAUCUUACAACCCAAAUACGCCAUCACCCUACCCAAAUACUAUCCGUCAAUCUCCUUCUCCCCAAAUUUACCAAUACCCACCAUCUUUUCCUCAAUCUCCGCCUGAUCCGUCUCCUCAAACACAAUACACACCAUCUCGUAAUUCAACUGUCAUUCCUCAAUCUCCACCUGAUCCGUCUCCUCAAACCCAAUACACACCAUCUCGUAAUCCAACUGUCAUUCCUCAAACUCCGCCUGAUCCGUCUCCUCAAACCCAAUACACACCAUCUCGUAAUUCAACUGUCAUUCCUCAAUCUCCGCCUGAUCCAUCUCCUCAAACCCAAUACACACCAUCUCGUAAUUCAACUGUCAUUCCUCAAUCUCCGCCUGAUCCGUCUCCUCAAACCCAAUACACACCAUCUCGUAAUUCAACUGUCAUUCCUCAAUCUCCGCCUGAUCCGUCUCCUCAAUCCCAAUACUCGCUGUCAAAUUUUCCAAAUACUUCAUUUAAUCAUUCUACAUUCGUAGUAGAGGGGAGUGGUUUUGACAUGAAAGAUUAUAUUUUAUUUAAAUAA